AUGGAGCCACUUACUAAUCCCGACCCGGAUCAGUACUCUAAGGCGCUGGAAUUAAAAUUCAAAGGAUCAAAUAAAUCCGGCAAGAUAUGGGUAUUUGCCGAGGAGGGUGCCAACUUCAUCAUUGAGGAGGAUUUGGACCAAGUCCUACAGGGAAGGCUAACUUCGCACCGCAUGGCGAACUAUAUUUCCAUCUCGGUGGUAUAUGCUAAAUGCAAUAGAUUGGAGCAAAAUCCCCUGUGGGAUAAAAUGAGGGAGAUAUCAACUCGGAUGGAAGGAACACCGUGGCUGAUUGGAGGGGACUUUAAUACGAUCCUUGCACACGAAGACAUGGUUGGUAGUGAAACCAAUCGGCAAGCAGAGAUGAUUGAUUUUGCCGAAGCCAUUGAAGACUGUAGGCUUCUGGACCCGGGGUUUGAUGGUGCGGAAUUCACUUGGGCUAAAAAUGGCAUGUUUGAAAGGUUGGACAGGUUGCUUGUCAAUGAGGCAUGGACAAAUGCGUUUGAGGCAACGAGGGUGACUAAUCUCCCAAGGGUAUCCUCGGAUCAUGGUCCGAUACUUGCGAGGUGUACGAUGCCGAGGCCGCCCUCGAGGGUUAGUGCCUUCCGGUUCCAAAAUAUGUGGGUCCGGCACGACGGCUUUUUGCAGCUAGUUCAAGAUAUUUGGGCUCAACCGACAGGGGCGAGCGGGCUCUUAAAUCUCCAAACUAAGCUUGCUAGGAGCAAAAAGGCCCUUAAGGCUUGGAACAAGGAGGUUUUUGGCAACAUUCACGCCAAUCUCCAAGCAAUGGAAGAAGGGAUCGCGCAAGCUCAAGCCAAUUUUGAGGCUGACCCAACGCCGCGGAACAGGACCGAGAUCAAUAAAAACAUUGCCGAGUACAUUCUCCUAUUCCGGAUGGAGGAGGACUUCUGGAGGCAAAAGGCGGCACUAAGGUGGCUUGCAGAUGGAGAUAAGAAUACCAGAUUCUACCAAAUCUGGGUGAAACAGAAAAGAGUUAGACUCCGAAUUCACUCUAUCAUUGUGGAUGGUAGGGAGAUUGCGGAAGAAACAGAGAUACGGCACUCGGCGGUUGAGUUCUUUCGGAGCCUUCUUGCCCCCGGACACCCCGGUGCUUGA